AUGGAGAGACGUAACGCCAUUUUAUCACUAGUUUAUUUCGCCAGUUAUACUGCAGCUCUACGUUUGAAAAGCAUGUCAGUGCCUAUGGUUGCGGAUUUGCGAGACAUAAUGGAGCUCGAUUGCCACUUUGAUAUGGGCAAGGAGGAAUUAUAUGCCGUGAAAUGGUACAAGGAUGACCAGGAAUUUUUCAGGUACAUGCCCGGUGGUCAAGAGAGAACGCGGGUGUUUCCGGUACCAGGAGUUAAUGUGGAAAUGCGCACCGUCGAAUGUAACCAGCGUAGAUGCAAGAUCAGUCUGAAAGAUUUGACGAGAAUGCACAGUGGCGGCGCUUACAGGUGUGAAAUUUCAAGCGAAGCACCUGCUUUCAGAUUGACAUCGGAAACUCGCAACGUAACAGUAGCUGCUUUACCGAGAGAACCACCAAAAAUCGACGGACUCGCCAAAACGUACGUGGAUGGCGAUUCAUUUAAUGCUAAAUGCACUUCGGAUUACGCUGAUCCCUAG